AUGUCACUCACGCGCUUGCUCUGCGUCGCGAUUGCGGCGGCCGUCGCGAACUCUCUCGGUCCAAUGCCACGACCGCCGAUACCGGCGCAGCGCCUUCGUUCGCCGCCGUCGCCUCAGCUGGUGGCGGCUUCGCCCGCUGUGGUCGGUGCGAAGCUCCUCACGGCAUCGGCAAUCGGCGUCGGGAUCGUCACGUCGUUCAUGGCGCCAGCGACGGCGUUAGCGAGCAAGCUCUUCGACGAGCGGUACAAGGCCAACCUGAACGCGGCGCUCGCCGACGUUUUGAGAAGAGAUCCACGAGAGAACUUUAUCGCGAGCUUCGUGUCGUCCAUCGUCAAGGCCGUCACGAUCGUGCCCCUCGUGACCGUCGCCACGGCG